AUUUCACGCUUCUGCUUUAGACAUUAAGUUGUACUGUUUACGGCUCUAGUUGUCUGUGCAACAAUUAAAUAACAAUGGAUGUUUCAAGCUGGAGGGUCCGCGUUCUUUUGGAACCACGCGGCUUCAUCCGCGUUAUAGAAUUCGUUCUUUCUAUUGUGGCAUUUGCAACAACGGGUGGGUUUUCAGGUGUGUCACAGUACAGUGUUGUAUGCACAGAUAAAUUAACGCACUUGAUUAAAGUUACUAUCAGCUACCCAUUUCGUCUUAACGCUCAUGAUAUUAUGGUACCCAACUGCACCAAUACUACUUUGGUGCCUACACGAAUGGAUGGUGACCUGUCGCCAUCUUCUCAAUGGUUUGUCUGCGUUGGAGUCCUAGCAUUCCUCUACACCCUAGCAGCGAUCAUAUUUUAUGUUGUGUUCGAUGCUGCAGUGCGUCAAACCCAUGAUAGGAUCGUCACCAUUGGAGAUUUGGUUGCUACAGUCAUUUUUGCUUUCCUAUGGCUCACUGCUGCCUCGGCAUGGGCAUGGGGUUUGGGGCAAGUUAAAAUGUGGUCAAGUUAUGCAAGGUUCUUUCAAAAUGCUCCUCUUGCCACAGUCUGCGGUAGUGCGACAUGUACGCCAAGUGCCUCUGCAAAUUUUUCUCCACUGAAUGCUUCGGUGGCUUUUGGAUUUCUCAAUUUCUUCUUGUGGUGUUGCAACGUGUGGUUCGUCUACAAAGAAUCUCCGUACCACCAGGAGCCCCCCGGUGACCAGGGUACCGGGGAUUACCCUGGGGGUCAACAGUCCCCGAACAACAUGUAAAGGCUAAAUAGCAGAAAGAAAUUAAUCUGAAUACUGCACACCAUAAUAUAAUGCGACAUGCUUACAUGCAUCACUAAACUGGUGUGUUUGUGUCGUACUAAAUGUUGCGGUGUAAUCGUCUAAUAAAGUAUAUACUAUGUUGCGUACGCUUUAAUUUUGUAGCAAUAUGCUGGUAGCAUGUUUAGUGUAGUCCUGGCAUAAUGUGUAGAAUUGGAAUCACCUAAAUCAGCCCCGGGGUUUAAUUGUUAAAGCAAGGCUAUUACCUGUACUUUAAUUAUAUCCCAAAACAAAAAAAUUUUAUUUUUAAUUUGUAGCUGUGACUGCCCGGCAAAUGACUCUGAAUUAUAAAUGUCCUUUUUUCUAGCUACUUAAUUUAGACUCUUUGUGAAUUAACAAUCAAUUUGUUUUAAAUUUUAAUUUAGAAAGGAAAAAUUAAUAAUUAGUUACAUAAGCUUUGUGCUCAAAAGUUUGCAGUUAUUAUAUAUGUAUUGUGGAUUGUACAACUGGAAAAUAUAUACGAUGUACGCGCUAAUAAUGUCCAAUAAUGUCCUAUAUACCCUUGAAUAUUGUUACUGUAGAAGUGGAAGAUGUUGUUUAUUAAUUCAAAUAAUUCUAGUUUUUAAAUGACUUUUGUUUUAUUACAUUAUCUUAUUAACAAAAACCAUUUUCAAAGUUGCAUAAAAGAUAAAAAGAAUAUACUAAGGUCAACAAGCUUUAUUUAGGAGAAUUGUGCAUGGGUUUUUUCGAUAAUUAUUUUGGUUUGUUACUAUUUCCUUUUACGUUGUGUGUGUAUCUGCAUGUACGUUAGUAAAGGUUAACAUUAUAUCCCAUGUUUUGUUAUAUAUACAUAUAUAUAUAUAUAUUAGUUAUAUAUCUUUUGGGAAUUCAGAUUCAAAAUUUUGGAACACUUUUAGAAAGUUGUUUGUUGAGUCUUUAAAAAUUACUAAUGAUCAAAAUUCCGCAACUAAAAUGGUAGAUACCUUGCAUAAAAGAAUAUCCAGUGUUUUGUAUAUGCUAAUUUAUAUAUACCAUGUACAAAUCAUUACUGCUUUUGUUUGUGUAAAGGAAUUUAACACUAAACCAAAUUAACUGUGAAGCAUGCCAGCUUUGUGCUUGCUGCUGAGAUUAAAAUUUAACUAAUUUAUAAAAAAAUUAUGAAUCAAUUUGUAAAACUAGUAUAGCCUACCUAAUUACACUGGCGGUACUACAUCAUAUUAACCUAUAUAUAUAUGUGUGUAGUUGCUCAUUGCUUGACAAUAAAACAAGUACUGUUGUUCA